UUUUCAAUUUUUCACUACCAACUAGCUUUUCAAUUUCCAGCUAAUUUUUCAACUUAUAAUAAUCUUUUCAAGCUAGUUUUAACAUAGCCUAAGUUGUGUUGUGGUGAGCUUGGUUGCUUGCUGUCAUGGUUCUUAAUAGGUGUGUUGGGCUGGGUUUACGUCUUGGGAACAAGAAAGAUCAACUUUAAUGAUUUGUUACUACUGAGGAGACCUCAAAGAUCUUAAACCAGACAUUUGUAAGUGAUGAACAAUAUUUUGUCUUUGGGAAGAUGCAUGGAUUCUCCCAUGUUGAUGGUUUUGUGGAAAUAAGCAACUGCUUGGCGGAAAUGAUUAAAUACGCAGCCAAUGAACCGUCUGCCGGUCUCUUCUUUAUCCAACAUCACACUCAAAAUGCAGUGCCAAAUGUCAUCAAACUUAAGAACAACAUUAUUGACAAGUCUCACGAAACAACUUUGCAGACCGAAGAUUUGGAGGAUUCCGUCGCAAUGGUGAGAUCAAUGAAAGAGUGUGGAUUCCCCAUAGCUGAUGAGAUGAUCGGAGACAUAAAAAAAUCACUGGUAAUCAUGACAGCCAAGCAUCCAAAAGGAAGAAGGCUUAUCCAUCAGUCAACAUCAUAUUUUCAGACAGACAGAGCUAACCCUGCAGUUUAUUCCCAGGAGGGAAUAAGUGAAAUGAGGGGUAACUAUUUUUCAAGUGUUUUUAGCUUUUCUAAACAGAAGACUAAAACUAAAAGUCUCAACAAGUGGCCACAACUUGAUUCUAUGGGAUCGGUAAAUUCCAACACCGAGAAGCAACUGAUGUACCAUAGCAUGUCAUUGCCAGAUGCAUCUGCAAAUAGUACUGCAUCUUCACAAGCUGACAAGCCGGUAUCAAGCCAGGUUGAAGGUGAAUCUCGACCUGAACCAAGUGAUAUUGGGGAUAAGUUAUUGUCACUAUCAGAAAAUUUUGAUGACUUCAAAGCUAGUAAACAAGCUAAGCUGGAGGAUUGGCUUGAAGGAACUAGCAACCAUGGGGAGAAUUGCCUGCCAGGUGAUGAGAAAAUGGCUCUGAGAAAAUGAAAUUCUUCAUAUAUCUAGGAAAAUUUUAUAGGAUUUAUUUUAAUGCAGUUUGUUUUUGUUUGAGAAAAUGCUUUAGCCUGUGUAUAAUUUGUGCGUACCUAAUUAAUUGUUUGAGUAGCUAGUAUAACAUAAAAACAAUUGUAAUGCUGUCAAAUGUACUUCGAAAAAUGGGUCAUUUAAUUGUAAAAGCGACUGAUAAGGUAGCACUAGGCCUCGAAUGAUGAUGAGUCAUGGGUUAUUCCAAAGUGACUACAAUCGAAAGAAACAUACUUUGAAUCGAUAAAAUGAAAAUGAAAAUGGGUUUCUGA